GCUUCUCUUCGUCGCAUAGCGAAAUACGUAAAGACUCCUUUCGGCCAUCUUUCUCCCUGCCGGCUUGUGCGUGUGAGGAGCACGUUGGCUGAUGCGCGUUGGAUUAUAACCAAAUAUCUCCGCCUCAUAAACCGUCCGAAGUCUCUGCGGACACCGGGUGAGGCACCCAGCUCAUCUUGGCUAUAAACAGCGUUCUGUGGUGAAUCUGCGGUAAACAGCGACGACGGUAUGGCCGACAAGAACACGCGAAUCGCUAUCGUCAACCACGACAAGUGCAAGCCGAAGAAAUGCAGGCAGGAGUGUAAGAAGAGCUGUCCUGUGGUGAGGAUGGGGAAGCUGUGUAUCGAAGUGACGCCACAGUGUAAGAUCGUGUGGAUCUCCGAAUCGCUGUGUAUAGGCUGCGGCAUCUGCAUCAAGAAAUGUCCUUUUGGUGCUCUGUCUAUUGUAAACCUGCCGAGUAACCUGGAGAAGGAGACCACACACAGAUACUGCGCCAACUCCUUCAAACUGCACAGGUUGCCUAUUCCACGUCCUGGAGAAGUGUUGGGGUUGGUGGGGACUAAUGGUAUUGGAAAGUCCACUGCUCUCAAAAUCCUGGCAGGAAAACAGAAACCCAACCUCGGCAAAUAUGAUGCUCCCCCGGACUGGCAGGAGAUCCUGGCUUAUUUCCGAGGCUCCGAGCUGCAAAACUAUUUCACCAAGAUCCUGGAGGACGACCUCAAGGCUAUUGUAAAGCCGCAGUACGUCGACCAGAUCCCCAAAACCGUUAAGGGGACAGUAGGUGCAAUUUUGAGCAGGAAAGAUGACACUAAAAGUGAGGAGGUGGUGUGUGGGCAGCUAGAUCUGCUGCAUCUGAGGGAUCGCAACGUUGAGGACCUGUCAGGAGGAGAGCUGCAGAGAUUCGCCUGCGCUGUCGUCUGUAUCCAGAGAGCAGACAUUUUCAUGUUUGACGAGCCGUCCAGUUAUCUCGAUGUGAAGCAGAGGCUGAGAGCUGCCAUCACCAUCCGAUCUCUUAUCUCACCCGACAGGUACAUCAUCGUGGUGGAACACGAUCUGAGUGUGUUGGAUUACCUGUCUGAUUUCAUCUGUUGUCUCUACGGUGUGCCGAGUGCUUAUGGAGUUGUCACCAUGCCCUUCAGUGUCCGAGAAGGUAUUAAUAUCUUCUUGGACGGCUACGUGCCGACGGAGAACCUGCGUUUCCGUGAGACCUCGCUGGUGUUUAAAGUGGCAGAGACGGCAGCCGAGGAGGAGGUGAAGAAGAUGUGCCGCUAUCAGUAUCCCAACAUGUGCAAGAGCAUGGGAGACUUCACCCUCACCAUCACAGAGGGAGAGUUCACCGACUCGGAGAUCAUGGUUAUGCUUGGGGAGAACGGUACUGGGAAAACUACAUUCAUCAGACUGCUCGCUGGAGGACUGAAACCUGAUGGAGGAGGCGAUGUGCCGAUUCUGAACGUGAGCUACAAGCCUCAGAAGAUCAGCCCCAAGUUUAAAGGCAGCGUCCGUGCUUUGCUUCACGAUAAGAUCAGAGACGCAUACACACACCCCCAAUUUGUCACCGACGUCAUGAAGCCCAUGCAGAUCGAGAGCAUAAUCGACCAGGACGUUCAGAAUCUGUCUGGAGGUGAGUUGCAGCGUGUGGCGCUGGCUCUGUGUUUGGGGAAACCGGCUGAUGUUUAUCUGAUUGACGAACCGUCAGCCUACCUGGACUCCGAGCAGCGUCUCAUGGCCGCUCGUGUCAUCAAACGAUUCAUUCUGCACGCAAAGAAAACCGCUUUCGUGGUGGAGCACGACUUCAUAAUGGCCACGUAUCUGGCCGACCGAGUCAUCGUGUUUGACGGCAUUCCCUCCAGAAACACCUGCGCCAACACGCCACAGAAUCUGCUGGCUGGCAUGAAUAAGUUCCUGGCACAGCUGGAGAUCACAUUCAGAAGAGAUCCAAACAAUUUCAGACCAAGAAUCAACAAGCUCCACUCUAUCAAGGAUGUGGACCAAAAGAAGACGGGCAACUAUUUUUUCCUGGAUGACUGAAGCAUCCCUUCAUGAAAUAAAGAUAAAAUCCCCCCAUAUGGUCUUUUUUCAUCAGACAGGUCUCUCCCAAUGCGUGACAUCAUCCAGGGAGAAGCACCAGGACUGUUUACUUUCAACACUGACACACAAACACCACCGUUUUGUUUAACAGGUCCAAUAAACCCCAGGGCUUAUUAUUCAUCCUCAUGUCCUGUUUCAUCAGUGCUGAUCCUCUAACAGACCAAAAUCACUGAACAGCAAACAGGAAGUGUGGGAUUUUUGUUUUCAUUCAAAUGUCUAGUCUGUAUAGAGGAAUGGGAUAAAAUCGAGGAGAGACUGUUUAAAAGAAAAGUAUCAACAGGACCUAGACUUUUUUUUUUCCUUUGGGUGACCAAUAAUAAGUCUUUUCUUUUUUUCUGGUCACAGAAAGUGAGGGAAAAACAAACAAGUGUAUAGUUUGAUUAAAAUAUUUUAAUCAUUAUGCCAUGAAACAUCUUAUUAAAUAAUCCAUUUAA